UUUCUAUUGACACUGACACUAAAGUGACAUAAUCGAAACCUGUGUAAUAUAACCUAAAACCAAAAUAUAAGCACAUUUUUCAAUUGAUUAGUAUUAGCUUAGUUUAAACAUGGCUAAUAAUUACAAAAAGAAAGGCAAGAAUAAAAAGAAGAAACAACUUAGGGCUAAAAAUGUUGCUGCUGGUGAAGAACGGUCAGAAGAUCAUCAGGACCAAGUUGAGGAUCAGGGAAACGAAUCUGAUGAUCAAGGUGAGCCCACUAGUGACAAACCUAUUAAGAGACAACACGAAAACGAUGAUGACUCUGACGCUGAAGACAAACCGAAGCGAAAGAAGAAGAAGAAGCAACCUGUUGCUACAGAAUCAACAGACAAGAAAGGAAAUAAGUCAAUUAGACAAAUAAAAAGAGAAAAGCAUGCAGCACGCCAGGCUGAGGCUCAGACCGCAGCUAAAGAUCAGCUUAAAGGUCAAUGUAUAAAUUACCUAUCACAGUGGAAACAUGACAAACAAAACUGGAAGUUCAUGAAAGCAAAACAAGUAUGGCUUUACAAGAAUAAAUUUUCAACACAUUUAAUACCAGACUCUUCAUGGCCAGUGUUUUUAGAAUAUUUUGAAUCUGCACAAGGCAAUAUUCGCAACAUGUUGUUGGAAGAUGCUAAAAAAAUUAUUAAACAAAUGGACGAAUGGACAGAGUCUCAAAAUGGGGAUGGAAAAAACAAAGAGAUUGAAGAUGGAGAUGACGAAGAAAAUGAAGACGAUGAAUCAGGCUCACAAACCAAGAAACCUGAUAAUAAUGUAUAUAAGAGAGCUAGGGAUUUAAUACAAUGUCUAGAAGAAUAAA